UUUAUUGACAGGUACAUGCCAUGGAGUGUUCUGGAGACAAAAGGGUGCAAGGUAAUAAAUAAAGAUUGUGACUCUCUUUCACACCCUCAUCCUCCUUGUAGGAAAACUUACUUGGCUUUUGCUCAGACAGUAUUAAAAAUAAUAGCAGGACUGCUGUCCAGAACAUUAGAAGACAAAAAAUGUCCAUGUUUGGACAAAUAUUUCUGCUCCUUAUUUGCAGGUUUUGAUGUUGCAAAGACAGGAGAUGCCCGAAUUGGGUUUGUGGGUUUUCCAUCAGUGGGGAAAUCUACUCUUCUAAGUAACCUUGCUGGUGUGUACUCUGAAGUGGCAGCAUAUGAAUUCACCACACUGACCACUGUGCCUGGAGUCAUCAGGUACAAAGGAGCAAAGAUACAGCUGCUUGAUCUGCCAGGAAUUAUUGAAGGUGCCAAGGAUGGUAAAGGCAGAGGACGGCAGGUCAUUGCAGUUGCUCGAACCUGUAAUCUCAUUCUGAUUGUUCUGGACGUGCUGAAACCCCUUGGCCACAAGAAAAUCAUAGAGAAUGAACUGGAGGGAUUUGGAAUUCGUCUGAAUAGUAAGCCCCCCAAUAUUGGCUUUAAAAAAAAGGAUAAAGGAGGCAUUAACCUUACAGCCACAUGUCCUCAGAGCGAGCUGGACACUGAAACAGUGAAGAGCAUCUUAGCAGAGUAUAAAAUCCACAACGCCGACGUCACUCUGCGCAGCGAUGCCACGGCCGACGACCUGAUCGACGUGGUUGAAGGAAACAGGGUCUACAUCCCAUGCAUUUAUGUCCUAAAUAAAAUUGACCAAAUUUCCAUUGAGGAACUAGAUAUUAUUUACAAAGUACCCCACUGUGUGCCAAUAUCUGCUCAUCAUCGCUGGAACUUUGAUGAUCUGCUGGAGAAAAUUUGGGACUACUUGAAGCUUGUACGAAUCUACACCAAACCCAAGGGGCAGCUCCCAGACUACACCUCUCCUGUGGUACUACCUUACUGCAAGACAACAGUGGAGGAUUUUUGCAUGAAGAUCCACAAAAAUCUCAUUAAAGACUUUAAAUAUGCACUGGUUUGGGGUUCAUCUGUUAAACACAACCCUCAAAAAGUUGGUAAGGACCACACCCUUGAAGAUGAGGAUGUUAUUCAGAUUGUGAAGAAAUAAAGUUGUUCUCCCCUGGUUUA